CAUCAACAUCGUAGACGGGAUGUCGCUCCUCCUCAUCUCGCCUAUCCUUCUCGCCAUGGUCAUGAUCGCUGUGGGUCUUCGUAGGCGGAAGCGUUACUUACCCCUCCCACCUGGGCCGCAGGGGCUGCCACUCAUAGGCAACUUCUUUGACAUGCCGAGCAUGUACGAGUGGGAGAAGUACAUGGAGUGGGCAAAACAGUAUGACACAGACAUCCUUCAUCUCAAUGUAGCGGGAAAGAGCAUCGUUAUUCUGGACACGUACGAGGCAUGCAAUGAACUGCUGGAAAAGCGAUCCAGAUAUUACUCCAGCCGACCACCCUUCCCCAUGGCAAUCGACCUCAUGGGAAUGGAUUUCAACUUCUCUUUUAUCCCCUACGGCGAUAAGUGGCGCGCCAGACGCCGGCUAUUCCACAGCGUCUUCCACGAGUCGGCUUCGGUGCGCUUCCGUCCUCUAGAGAAGAAGGUUGUGCAUCGCUUCCUCCGCUCCAUGCUCAGCGCAAGAGAGGACGACCUCGAGGUCAUGGCCCGACACAUGGCCGGCGCACUGGUCCUCGGCAUAGCCUAUGGUGUCGACAUCCAAAGCGACGAAGACCAGCGCGUGAUCGAUGCGCGAGAGCUCAUGCAUAUGCUGGCAGGAUCCACGAUUCAAGGCUCGUACCUCGUCAACAACAUCCCAGCCCUCAAAUACGUGCCGAAUUGGAUGCCAGGCGCCGACUUCAAGCGCGUAGCGCGCGAGUGGCGCCCUCGAGCCCAAGGAAUUGUGGAUAAACCAUUUGAGGAAGUAAAAAAGAGUUUGACCGAUGGCUCAUUCCCUGCACAAUCCUUCGUGCGAACCACCCUCGAGAAGGGUGGCGACGAGCGCGCGAUUCGCGACGCGGCAGCGACGAUGUAUAACGCGGCAACAGAUACAACGGUCACCAACAUCCUCAACUUCGUACUCGCCAUGCUGGACCAUUCCGACAUACAGCGACGUGCGCAGGCUGAGCUCGACUCUGUCCUCGGGCCACUUCAGACUGCCGAGGGCGCGCCAGGUCAGUUCCCCACUUUUGAGCACGCAUCACAGCUGCCGUAUACCACCGCAAUCGUGCGGGAGAGCGCGCGGUAUAGACCAGUCGUUCCCGCGGGCGUCUCGCAUGCCUACAAUGGCGAUCAACCUGACGUCUACAAUGGAUACGCGAUCCCCUGCGACUCCAUCAUUAUCCCGAAUAUCUGGUCCAUGGCGCAUAACGAGGACAUCUACCCCGACUCCUACGCCUUUAAGCCCGAGCGGUUUCUAGCUGCAGACGGCAGCCUCGACCCCAAGGUACCUGACCCGGCGAAGAUAGUCUUUGGCUUUGGCCGUCGUGCAUGCCCAGGUCGCCACAUGGCCUACGACUCAGUCUGGUUGAUGAUUGCAUCUAUCCUGCGCGUCUACAAUAUCGAGAAGGCAAAGCGGCCGGACGGGACGACCGUCAAGCCGCGGCGGGAAUGGAUCUCGUCUUUGGUUCAGCUUCCGAAGCCCUUCAAGUCUGCGUUCGUGCCGCGUAGCUCAGCGGCGGAGGCAAUGAUACGUUCAACGGAAGGGGUGGAAUAUUAGAAGAGCGCUCGGGAUACGCUGCGAAUACAACUCAAUCUCUUCAUCACUA